UUCAGCGUUGAGUAAAAACAGAUCAAGUGUAGGAGAUAAACAGCGACACAUGGAAAGACAACUGCAAAACGACAUUCGUAAGGCUCUCAUGGCUCCAUUCAUCAUCCUGUUGUUCCUUCUGUCUGAAGCAGCUUCUGACCCACAUGUGCUAACAGUGUACCCUGGAGAUGAUGUCACUCUGAAAUGUGAGGCUGCUGAUGUCCCUAUCAGUGUUGUAGAGUGGAGCAGACCCGACCUGGUACCAGAGUUCAUCCUCUUAAACAUCGAUGGACACCCGCAAACAAGGCAACAGAACCCAUCCUAUAAGGACAGGGUGGACCUGGUGGACAGAGAUCUGAAGGACGGAGACGUGUCUUUAACUCUCAAGAAUGUGAACCGCUACGACAGUGGAAUAUACGAGUGUCGAGCUGCAUCACUUGGUUUAAGACGUAAAAAGAGAGCCUUCCUUGACUCUGAGCCAAUCAGAACCAUCCAACUGCAGGUAACAGACUCAGGACAUCCCAUGGAUGAAAACACAAUGAAUGAUGUAUAUGUGGAUGGAAACUUCCCUCGUGGUUACGUUGACCGCCCGCUGCUCAUGAAUCGGGAGACGAUCAGUUCAUCUGACAAGUCUCAGAGCUCUUUACACCUGACUGUUUUCACAUGUGUCGUAUUAACAACUCUUUUCUUUCUGGGGGUGUGAGGACAUGUGUAAAUCUGCUGUUUGAUCUGUGCAAAAAACAUCUUCAAAUCAGGUGUAAAGAUGUCUUCAAACUGUUAUAUGUUUUUGUGUCAGGUUAAUUGCACAUUUUAUAUCAUGUUCAUUUUGUAUUUCUGUUUUCUGUUUGAUCAUUUAAAGGGUUCAUGGCCUCUGCUAAGAUUGGUAUUUUUCCAGCUAAUGAUAUAAACUGAGCAGGUGAUUAAACUAUUUUAACAAACUAAAAAUUAAUGUUUUGUAAAAAAAAGCAUCUAAUCAAUGUAAAGCAUCAAUGUGAAGAGAACUCGGAGGACGAGUCCGUUAAU